AUGCCUCAACUGGAUAAAUUCACUUAUUUUACACAAUUCUUCUGGUUAUGCCUUUUUCUUUUUACUUUCUAUAUAAAAAUAUGCAAUGAUGGAGAUGGAGUACUUGGGAUCAGCCGAAUUCUAAAACUACGGAACCAACUCCUUUCACAACGGGGAAAGAAGAUGGAGCAAGGACCUAACAGUUUGGAAGAUAUCUUGAGAAAAGGUUUUAGCACCGGUGUAUCCUAUAUGUACUCCAGUUUAUUCGAAGUAUCCCAAUGGUGUAACGCCGUCGACUUAUUGGGAAAAAGGAAGAAGAUCACUUUGAUCUCUUGUUUCGGAGAACUAAGUGGCUCACGAGGAAUGGAAAGAAAUAUAUUCUAUUUGAUUUCGAAGUCCUCAUAUAGCACUUCUUCCAAUCCUGGAUGGGGGAUCACUUGUAGGAAUGACAUAAUGCUAAUGCAUGUUCUACACAGCCAAGGAAUCGUAGUAAGAUAG